UUGGAAAAAAACGACAAAGAAAAAAAUGUUUCAUGCGGAACUCUUCAUCUUUAUAGUGAAACGGUGAGCCAUCAGCUUGCACAUGCAAGACACGCAUUGUACCAUGACGAGAAAGCUGCUCUACAUGACCACCAUAGGAAGUUGGCCCAUGAUGUACAUCCCCCAUCACCUUCAAAUGGUGACCAGAUGGAGGUCAUAACUGAUGGUCAAAACAUUGUGCUGAAAGGAAUUGAUUCCCCUGAACCAGUUUAUUUUUGCUGUAUUGAACCUCCUUCCACGAAAUCGAAUCAUGAGUUUGAGCGUGCGCUGAGUGAAAUCGCUGUGGAGGAUCCUUCACUUCGGAUUCGGUAUGACUCGGAAAUGGGACAGACCGUAGUGGAAACCAUGGGUGAGCUACACAUGGACAUUAUCAAAAACCGACUUGUUCGAGAUUAUGGUCUCAACGUAUUUGUUGGUCCCCUGCAGAUAGCCUAUCGGGAGAUUGUGGGCGUAACCUGUCACACAGACAGCCACUGCCCAAGACGUCAUGGAGGAGAAGAAGCGAGUCCACAGCGCCACCCUCACUCUUACUAUAGAGCCCAGGACAAAGAGUUUCGGCUAGGACUAUACCGCACGAUUCGCGCAAGUGUUUCUGCAGAAGCUUCAAAAGCCAUAAAUGAAGGCUGUCAGAAUGCUCUCCAUAAUGGACCAAUACUUGGUUUUCCUGUGCAAGAUGUAGUUAUUACACUGAAUGAAAUCAACACUAGUGGAGGACGAGUCAAUCCUGCAGUAUUGUCCGCUUGCGCGCACAAAUGUGUCUCAGAGGCAAUCGAGAAGGCCAGAGCUCAUUUGAUUGAACCUGUCAUGCGGCUUGACAUUACUCUGGAAAAAGUGGCAGCGAGCACAGGCCGGCUCUUCACGAGAUUUGUCAAGGCGGCGGAGCAGACAUCCCUCCGCAUGUUGCGGAACCAACACUGCUAA